CCAAGCGAGAAACACCAUCAAAGAUAAUAUAGUCUAUAAAACAAGGACCAAUCUCAAAUAGAUAUCAUUCAGCCAGCAUGAAUCUCUGGAUCGGAGCUGCACUUUUGUUGCUUGGAGUUUCGCAUUCUAAAGGUUGUGGAGUUAAACCAUAUACGGCUAGAGUCGUUAAUGGGGAAAAUGCCUCUCCACACUCUUGGCCCUGGCAGAUUUCACUCAGAGUAAAUGGACGUCACAUAUGUGGAGGAUCUCUCAUAGACAAGGACUGGGUCGUCACUGCCGCCCAUUGUGUCGAUAGGAACCCGAAUCCAAGUGGAUACACUGUAGUCGUGGGUGCUCAUAGUCGGCUUGGAUCCACAACAGUACAGCGGACCCAUCGCUUGAAGAAAUUAUUCAAACAUGAAGGAUACAGUGGGAGACAUCUGCGAAAUGAUAUUGCACUUCUUCAGCUUGAAAGGCCCAUAACAGCCAGCUCUAAAGUCAAUACGGUGUGUCUACCAGAGUCUAGGAGCCGCAUUCCAGCAGGAACACAAUGCUAUAUUACUGGCUGGGGAAGAACUGUUGGAGGUGGAAGUGCAGCGAACAUUCUCCAGCAGGCUCGACUGCCUGUUGCUUCGCACAGUGAUUGCAGCAGAAUCAACGGACGUUUGCUUCCUGUUGAUGAUACCUCAAUGAUAUGUGCCGGAGGUCAAGGAAAAGGAGGAUGUCAGGGCGACAGUGGUGGACCUUUUGUUUGCGCAGAGAAAGGGAGAUGGGUGUUGCGUGGCGCUGUUAGCUGGGGUCACAGGAUGUGCAGAACAGAUCACUACACUGUGUUCGCUCGUCUGAGUAGCUUCAUUGAAUGGAUCAACAGGAAGAAGUCAGGUACCAGUGGAGGGGGCAGUGUUAGUUGUGUCGAUGGGCACAGUUACUGCCCGCAUUGGACUAAGUACUGCUCAUGGCAUUCGUGGGUAAAGGCAACUUGCAAGAAGACAUGUAAACGUUGCUAAAUUCAGCGAAAAAGAGCAGCAAGAUUUGAAGUGAACUCUUAAAGGCAAAGCUCCCACUUAAGUAUUUGGUAAAGAGCAAAUUAAAGCAUUUUAAACAGCA